CAUGUUGUAAGACGAAGAAAAAGUCUAUUUUCUUAUUCGGAUCUUAGGGAAAGUUGAUGCUGCAGAUGCCGGACGGGGAGAUAAACUAUAAUACCAAUAACUGUGAUAUUACUCAGAUGGAGCAGCACAAUGGGAUGCGCAGUUUUGUUGUCACCGUCGAUGAUAAUGGCAAGAUCGAAGUAAAUCAAAAAAACCAGGAAGAAUUCUGCCAGCAGAGUAAUUGCAACCAUAAGGCGAAAAAGAGAUUGGGAAAGGGAAAACAACGCAUUCGAAUUGCACUCAUCGAAGAGGAUGCCACCGGCAGCUCUGACGUCGAGCAGGAUGAGAAUGGCAGCAUUGUGAGCAUUGAUGCGCAAUCGUUUGAUGCCAUGCACGAUCGUUUCGUUAAGAUCUAUAAUAAAAAUGUGCGCGGCAAGCCGAGCUUUGUGGUUCUUGAAGAUGCGCUGAUGCGCAAACGCAUUGAGGAUACGCUGCAGAAUCACUUCGAUAGCACCACUUGCCACCACCACCAACAGCAGCACUGCCACGCCCAGCAACAGACAUCGCCGUGUGAUAUUGGCGCCCACACAGGCUCCCAAACCGAUGAGUUUCUUCUGCAAUGCGCCAUGCGCUCUCGCUUGCCAGGCCACAGUCGUGGUUGUCAGGCCACCGACCACACUUACAACAAUGUGGAGCUAUCGCACAACGCUAGCUCCUCCAGCAGCAGAAAGCAUCUUCAAGUGCCCUCGCUGCGACGGCUGAAUCAAUUGAGAUCGCUGCCUUUCAACAAUUCGACAUUGUCAUCAGCAACAUUGGCAGCCCCGGUCGUCAGUGCACCACAUGUGACCAUCACCGUUUCACCUCCAUCUACAGCAAACAUGCCCGUUAUUAUGCAGGCGCAGCAACAGCCAUUGCAACAGCAGCAGAUCCAACAACAGCAACAACUGUUGUUGCCAGCAGCGACGCACAGCUAUUGCAAUUGUUGCUCCAAUUUGCAGCCUUGCAUAAGUAACAGCUGCAAUAACUGUUGUCUCCCACAGCCAGUGAAGAGCAACUACUGCCUGCCUGCAACUAACACCUGCUUUCUCCAGCCACAGCAACAACAGCAUCAACAGCAAUACCCUGCAAUGUCAACAACAUAUGGCAAUUGCUGCUUGUUGGGACCCACUUUAGCACAGACCACGCUUGGCUUUGGGCCCACGAUGUCCGAGUAAUGCAGCCAUAAUAUUUUAGAG